AUGGGAAAUGUUAUGUCAGCUUUUGGCUUUAAUCAACCAUUUUUCUUUGCUCUUCUUAUAAUCGUAGUAUUAUUAGUUGGAACAGUAGCAUUAGUGAAUGAUGGUUAUAAUGACAAUAUAUUUCAUGAUAGAGACAUGGAAGGAGGAAAAAGUCGUAGUCGUGUGGUAGUAGAGUUUCCGGAGAUGGAUGAUUAUGAGAAAAAUGAUUAG